UUAUUUUUGAAGCGCUCCAAGGACGCCGGUUGUUGUUGCCGAUAAGCAGCGAGGGGCAGCUCCGCCUCAGCAGGCACAGCUCCCUGCAGGUUUCCCAUCUGCCCCAGAAAACAUUGUUUCAUCUUGGUGAGCAGCCUCCCUGCAAACCUGCUGCGGGCUCCGUGGUAGUCUCCACGAUGCUACACUCGUGCAGGCUGGCGGUCUACACGCUGCUGGGACUGGGGUUCCUGCUGGUGAGGGGGCUGCCCCUACCCUGCCCCUCCAGUUGCCAGUGCUAUGACACCUCCAAAGUCUUCUGCUCGGAGGAGAGGAUGCGGGAGAUCCCAGUGGGCCUGCCAGGGAACGCCACCCAGCUCUUCUUUGUGGAGACGGCCCUGAGAAGUGUCCGCAGUGGGGCUCUGGGCUUCAGCACCACCCUCACCAAGUUGGUCUUCCUCAACAAUAACAUCCAGGACCUGGAGGACGGUGCCUUUCAGGGGCUGCCCGGCCUCACCGAGCUGGAAGUGUCAGGUAACCCCUUGCCAGCAGUCAGCCCCAGGUUGCUGGCGGGUCUGCCCAGCCUCAGCAAGCUCUCCCUGGGUGCCAAUGCCCUCCGCUCCCUGCAGCCAGGGCUCUUCGCCUCUGCCUGCUGCCUGCAGGACCUGCGCUUGCCGGGGAACAGGAUCGAGGCACUGCCCCCCGGCAUCUUCCGCCCGCUCCGGCACCUCCAGACCCUGGACCUCUCGCAGAACGUCCUGACUGAGCUGCCAGCAGAGCUGCUGGUGCCCCUCACCGCCCUCCGCCUCCUCAAGCUCAGUGACAAUCUGCUGGCGCGGCUGCCCCACGGAGCUUUUGGGGCGCUGGGCCUGCUGGCCGAGCUCCACCUGGAUGGGAACCGGCUGGAGGAGCUGCCAGCCAACGCCUUUGCGGGGCUGGGGGUGCUGCGGCGGCUGCAGCUGCAACACAACGCUCUGGGCAGCCUGUCCCCUGACAUCUUCACUGGUCUCCCGAACCUCACCGUCCUCAGCUUGGAGGGCAACCGCCUGGCCACCCUGCCUGCCACCCUCUUCACCGGCACCCCUCGCCUCCUCCACCUUUCCCUGGCUCGCAAUGGGCUGGAGAUGCUGCCCCAGGGACUCUUUGCCAACCUGUCUGUGCUUCAGACCCUGGUGUUGUCAUAUAACUCCAUAGACCACCUUCCCGCCGGGGUUUUCCAGGGUCUGGCGGAGCUGGCAACGCUGCAUCUGAGCCACAACAACCUCUCCAGCCUGCCGGCCGGGCUGCUGAGAGGGCUGCCCCUCCUCACUGCCCUGGCGCUGGACCACAACCGCCUGGCCCGCCUGCCUCCGGGGCUCUUUGAUGCCAAUGAGGAGCUGGUGCGAGUGGGGCUGGGCAGCAAUCCCUGGGUCUGUGAUUGCCACCUUGCCUAUCUCCUGAGCUGGCUCCAGGGCUUUGCCGAGCCCCUCACCCAUGCGCAAGCCUCCUGUGCCAGCCCAGCUGCUCUCCAGGGACGGUCCCUGCUGGAGGUCCCCAACAGGCAGCUGCAGUGCCCGGGAGCACCGGGUGUCACCCCGGAGGAGGGCUGGAACGGGGAGCACGGUCCAGGGCAGUGCACCUACAGGAACCCCGAGGGCACCGUAAGCAUGACCUGUGAUGCCACAAGCUGCCAGCAGCUCAGCCUUCACCUUCCUCCUCCUUCUCCUCCUCCCAGGCAGGCAGCGGGGCUGGGGCCGGUGUACCAGGGUGCCUGGGUGCUGCACUCCCGCUGUGGCACACUGCAGGUCAAUGUGCUGGUCACCGCACAGAGCAGGGAUGAGGCCACAUCUCCAGGUCUUCCCACUGCGCCCUAGAGCUCGGGCAGGAGCCUGAUUCUGCUCCACUCUUGCACUGGCAGCCUCUGAACCAGCCUGGGAAACAGCACCCCGUCUUGAUCGGCUACCCCUACUAUGGUCAGCAGCUGUCACCGAGCUCUCCACAAAAGCUGAGCUGGUGGUAUUUAUUCUUCCAGCUGUGUGCUUCCUGUAUAUUUCAAAUGUAAUUAAAAUAUAUAUAUUA